AUGAAUCAUUGCGCGAGUCCGCUGGGCACUCGACAACGCGUUCUUGUGGUAUCUCUCCUGUAAAGGCUCUUCGCUGAGUUACACGUGGGGAGUCCGAACACAUUGCUAUCUCACUAAAGAUCCAAAUCUGAGGAUGGCGAGUGAGGACGUGGAGCGUCUGCUGAUCCAGUUUCAGGAUGAAGAAGGGGAAGUUCUGGGCUCUCCUUUCGAUGUCCCUUUGGACAUCACCCCGGACAAACUACAGCUGGUCUGCAAUGCUCUGCUGCAGAAGGAUGAGCCAGUGCCACUGGCGUUCUUUGUGCGUGGCGAGGCUGAGGUGGUGUCCAGUCUGAGACUGUGCGUGCAGGCUCUCGGGGUGGAGACGGAGCAGGUCGUGCCGGUGGUAUACCAGCCUCAGGCCGUGUUCAGGGUUCGAGCUGUGGCCCGCUGUACCAGCACCCUACAGGGACACACAGAAGCUGUCAUCUCGACUGCAUUCAGCCCCACUGGCAAAUACCUGGCCAGCGGCUCAGGUGAUACCACAGUACGUUUUUGGGACUUGACUACUGAGACUCCCCACCACACUGCCAGAGGACACACCCAUUGGGUACUGUGCAUCACCUGGUCACCUGAUGGCAAGAAGCUGGCUUCAGGGUGCAAGAACAGUCAGAUCUGUCUGUGGGAUCCAGCGACGGGUAAACAGAUCGGAAAGACUUUGACCGGACACUCCAAGUGGAUCACUUGGCUCAGCUGGGAACCUCUUCACCUUAACCCAGAGUGUCGGUACUUAGCCAGCAGCUCUAAGGACGGCUCAAUACGUGUCUGGGACACGGUGCUGGGACGCUGUGAGAAGAUCAUGACCGGACACACUCAGUCAGUAACCUGUGUGAAGUGGGGAGGAGACGGACUUCUUUACACUUCCUCCCAGGACAGAACGGUGAAAGUUUGGAGAGCCAAAGACGGUGUACAGUGCAGGACUCUGCAGGGUCACGCCCACUGGGUGAACACCCUGGCUCUCAGCACAGACUACGUCCUGCGCACGGGAGCUUUUGAACCUGCUUCCGCCACCAUCAACCCCCAGGACGUCACCGGAUCGCUGGAAGAGCUGAAGGAGAGGGCUUUGCAGAGAUAUAAUAAAGUUAGGAGUUCAGCUCCAGAGCGCUUGGUGUCGGGCUCCGACGAUUUCACCAUGUUCCUGUGGAACCCCGCAGAAGAAAAGAAACCUCUGGCCAGGAUGACUGGACACAGCGCUCUGGUCAAUGAAGUGCUCUUCUCCCCCGACAGCAGGCUCAUCGCGUCCGCCUCAUUUGACAAGUCCAUUAAAAUUUGGGACGGACGCACUGGGAAGUACCUAUUAUCCCUGCGGGGUCACGUGGGAUCCGUGUAUCAAGUGGCGUGGUCGGCAGACAGCAGGCUGCUGGUCAGCGGCAGCAGUGACAGCACACUUAAAGUUUGGGACAUCAAGACGGGGAAGCUGAACAUGGACCUGCCCGGCCACGCUGACGAGGUUUAUGCAGUGGACUGGAGUCCCGAUGGACAAAGAGUGGCCAGUGGAGGGAAAGACAAAUGUCUCCGAAUAUGGAGGAGAUAGCCGCACCUCGGUUCCCCUUCCUAGCUCACAUCUCCUCCUAUCAAGAAGCGCGAGAGCUGGAGCGAAGACGGCUAGACUGUACCUAAAAUGUUGCAGCUUUGGCUUUGUUACAAAGUCUGUGAAAAAAAGGCAUUGUGUGAGGGAGCUCUAACCGAGCCGUGAUGCCUUCUCCGGGUCUGAAACAUUCCAGCGGGAGUUAACACUGAAACAGUGUUUAGUCGAAUGGUAGUUGAACUCAUGACACAUUAAGAGCAUUGCCAUUAGAAGCUACAUUUUAAAAUGUACGUCAAUGCCGGCAACUCCAAUUCAAACGUCCGGGGCUCCGACGUGUAACGAGUUUAAAGCCUUGUUUAGGUGCAACGCCUACUUGCAGAAACGACACAUUCAUUUCUAAAUACAGAAUAUAAUGAGAUGCAUACAUUGAGAUAAAAUGAUGUAGCCGAACUAGAGGAACUUCGUACUGCAGGUAGCAGGUGGAGCAGUGCGGCAUUAGGUGUGGGCGUUUAAUACUUUGCUCUGUGAUUUUAAUGCCGACCACACUCGGCGUUCCCCAUCAGCCUUUAAUCUUCUCUGCGGUCAGCAAAGACUCAACCUGCUCAUUUCUUCUGCUGCUGUGAAGCAAAGCUUUGAACUCUCUGAUUCUCCCUCUGAGAGAAAAAUGAAUGUUCUUCAAUGAAUUCAUUGAUGCAAAUAAAUAUUUACAUCAACCAUAA